AUGGGUUGUAUUCAUGUGAUACAAUCACCUUCACCCUAUUUAAUUGGUAUGGAUUCAAGAUUUUUUGAUUUCUUCCGAUUACCAACGAACAGUGGUAUUGCAUAUCUGGAUUUAGAUACAAAUAAUUUCAAACCGCCAAUGGCACCGGGUCAACCAACAUUUGAUUCAAAAGUUUUGCCUAAAAAACCAUUGAAACAAUUAAAAACCAGAUUGUUAGAAUUAAAAGAGAAAAUAUUUCAAAUGAAAAAUACUCGACAAUUGUCAUGUAAAAAAAUUUCAAGAAAUAUGAUGUUAGAUUGUAUGUUUUCUACAUCGAAUUCUGAAUUAGCACAAGAUGAAUUGAUCAAAGUUCGUAAACGUUGGUUGCAAGAACUAAAUGAAAUGACACAGAUUGGUUCAUGUAUAAAAGAAGCAUUUUUACAAUUUAUGGUACAUUUAUUAAAAGAUUAUCGUCAAUGUCUUAUACCUGUUCGUAAUACUCGAACGAAUGCGAUGUUCAAUAUUGAACAUUUCUUACGUGAAUGUGCUGACAAGCAUACCAUACCAUUUUAUCGUGCUCUAUUCGAAACACAACAAUGGACUAAUUUUGUUCGUGAUCGAGUUUACGCUUCGUCACGUGAUGAAGAAUUAGAUUAUUUCGAUAAUCGCAUUGAAUUAUUACUAGAAGAAAGUGAAUCCAAAUCACUGAAAUCAUCUCACUCACAUCCUCAUCAUCAUCGUUCACGUAAUCAUAUUAGUUUCAUCACAAUGAGUAAUCUAUUUACAAUCAAACGAUCUGCAUCUUCGUCUCAUGAACAGUUGAAUAGUACAACGAACACUCAUCAUCAUCAUCAUCCUCAUCAUCAGAAUAAUACUCCUUCUAAUAAUAGUAAUCAUGAUAUCCAUUUAAAUUCUACCGAUUACACUAAUUCUAAUCAUCAUCAUCAAUAUUCAGACAAUAAAUCAUUGUCAAGCAAUGCAUCGAUUAGAGAUAAAUCGGAUGAAUCGACCGAUUCACUGUAUUCCAGUGAUUUAGGACCUGUACCAUUACAGAGUAACAAUAAUAAUCAAUGUUUAAAAAUUAUCGAUCCCCCGUGUUGGCCAGUUCCAGAAUUUGUUGACAUACCCCAGUACCAUCAAUUAUCAUGGAUAAGAGAAUAUUCACUUGGUUUUAUUCCAACUAAUAUUAAUUCUGCCACACUUGAUUUAUUAGCUGCAAGAGCGCUUGUAUUAAAAAACACUACUCCUCUAUCGAAUCAUUCAAUAACCGCGUCGAUUUUUCAUGUUAACACUGACUCCGCUGCACUGAUACCAGCUCCGGAAGUCGAAUUGGGUGUUAAACAAAACAAUGUAGCGACGGCUUGUAUGCCAUUGAAUUCAACCAGUUGUACUGUCGCUGAUCCAAUUUCAACACCAUCUUCUCACAGCUGCUGUAAGCCAGUUAACAUUAAUUCACCAGAGGAUAAUUCGAAUUCUCGAUUAACUACUGGAUUGUCAACAUUAAUGAUGAAAAAUUUACAACUUAAUACUACUACCACUACUACUACCAAUACUACUACGACUACUAUGAAUACUCCUAAUAUGAUUCAACGAUUUGGUUCAUUCAUGUUCAUUGAUAGUUCAUCACCAUUAUUGAUUCGUUCAAAUCGUUCAGAGAAUACUAGUUUAAUUGGUUUAACGACAAAAUACAACUUACCAGUGAAUAAUUCAACAAUUUUAAAGCGUACAUCACAAGAAUUACGUUAUACAUUGAAUUAUUCUAUUAACCUACCACAAACGGAUGAUUAUUCUAGAGCAAAAUAUUUAGCCGCCUGUGCUUAUUCAAUAUGGUUCAUGUUAUUACCUGGCUACUUAUCCUCUGUGCAUCAUUUCUAUACUGAUGAAAUUAUCACCGAUUAUAAUCAUGAUGUACAAACAUCACUGCCACAACAACAACAACAACAGACUGUCAAUACUGUAGCCUGCAAACUCGUUCAUCCUUCGAAUAUGCAUAAUAACGAUGAUCAUUCAAAUGACGAUCGUCCUAAUCAUAAUGCUGCUGCUGAUGAUGAUGAUCAUGAUGACGACGAAGUGAUGAAUAUCAUCAGACACAUUCUCAUCCAAUCCAUUCAUGUCUACAAAACUAUGCAUAACUAUUAUAAACUUGAAAUUCCUGAUCAGGUUGCUUUACGUAUAUUAUUAGUUUUAUUGUAUCAAAAUCGUAUUGAAAAUUUUGAUUUAAUGCAAUUUAUUAAUUCAAUGGAUUGGACAUCAUCGUCAUCUGGCAUUGCAAAUCAUAUUUACAAAGCUUAUGAGAAAGAAUUAAUGGAACAUGAACGGUUGGAAAAAGAACGCUUGAAAUCCACGGCUAAUAAUCAUCAUAGUCAUCGUCGUUCGGCGUCUGCUGAUACAGAAUUAAAUCCAUCUUCAGAUUUCAAUAGUUCUGAAAAUACAACUAAUAUCAUUGCACCACAACCGUUGCAUUCAUCUGAUGAUCUUACCGACCUAGGCUAUUCAACGCUAAAUAUACAUGAGACGAAUAAAACAACCCCUGAACAAGAUUGGUCACCGAUUGUGGAGGAUCAGUCUAAAGUGAUUACUGCUGCUGCUACUACUACUACCAUUACUACUACUGCCACUAAUAAUAAUAAUAAUAAUAAUAAUCAUUCAAUGCCAUGUGCUACUUCAACAGAAGAUCAUCAACAAGGAGUAAAACAUGGUCAACAAUCUUCAUCUGUUGUUGUUGUCAUUGGUAAUGAUCAUGAUCACAGUGACGCAAAAUGUCAUGCACAUCAUCGUGAUGAUCAUGAUGAUGAUACUGGACAAUCAAAAGAACACCCAACUAACCCAACGACGCCGAAUAUUAAUAACAAUAAUGUUGAUGAUAUAACAAAUGUCAGAGAAAAUACUUCAUCUCAAUUGGUAAAUCAUAUUGUCAACAUUUCUGGCACUACUGCCGGUGUUGGCACUGAAACUCCUAUGGCUGCUAACAUUCAUAAUGAUGCAGUUAAUAGUAAUCAUAUUGACAACAGCAGUGGUAGUCGUCUUAGCGACGAUUCAUGCACCGAGGAUGAUGAUGAUGAUGACGAAGAAGAAGAAGAAGAUGGAGAGUCUGAACAUGAACAUCCUCAUUAUGGUUAUAAGCUGUUAUCAUCUGCACUGUCAAAAAUCAAACGUCCAUUCCUUCAACAUUAUAAUACUCCAACUACUACCACUACUACAACUCAUACUCCUUUAUCUUAUCAUACUACUCUUUAUUCACAUCAUAGUAGUAUAGAUAUGACACAAGGUAGUAAACAUGCAUUAUUUUCAAAGUUAUCUAGACAAUCUUUUGAUGAGAAUUCGUCUACAAUGAAUGUUAUGAGACAAUCCAUUCAUCAUCAAAAUUUUACUAAUCAUACCACUACGACCACUACUACUACUAACAAUGAUAACAGUAAUCAUAAUUACAGUCAUGAUUAUGAUGGUGAUGCUGAUGAUGUUGAAGAUAAAGACAAUGAGGAUACAAAUGCACAAGCUAAAGUUUCAGUAGUUUAUAAUGCAUUCAACCUUUUCAAUAGAUCUACAUCGGAUUUUAUCAAUCGUAUCAAUAUGAAUCGAUCUCUAUUAGACUGGCGUUCACUUAUUCCAAGUUUAUCAACUAAUCCAACUCCACAGUCAGGAAGACGUGCUACUACUACGUCUAAUUGUUUCACCGGAUCAAAUUUCCCUGAUCAACAAUAUCUACAACCAGAGCAACACCAACAUCAACACAACCAACAGUACUAUUCUUUCUCACCGCAAUAUCAUUAUCAACAACCACAAAGUGAACGUAUUUCACGUGUUUCAUGGUCAAAGCAAUCAUCAUCAGGUACCGGGAUGAAAACUACUGACUCCAUUGAUCAUCAAUUGAACACCGUCAAUAAUCAUUCAUACAAUGUGGCACCGAAAUUAUCAGAUUCUGCAUGUGUUGCUGUUCAUCCAACAUUAUAUGGCACAAAUCAUGAUUAUUAUUAUUCUCAUGAGAAUUAUCCAAUAAAUAAUCAGAAUAUUAAUGAUUAUCAUCAAUUAAUUAAUCAAUUUCCAUAUGACAAUAAUUAUGAUCAUGAAAAUUAUGCUUUAGAUAAUCAUCACAUAGAUCAAGCACACCAAUUCAAAGAUAUGUGGAUUCAUAUCGCUGGUUCCCUACUUGUCGGUGAUAUUAAUCGACGUAUAUCACCUGGGAAUACACGUACAAUCUAUUUACAACAAUGUUUAUAUCAACAGCAUAUGUACAACAACAACAACAACAACAGUAGUACAUCACUAUCAGCAAUACCGACUACAUCAUUUUCUAUCAAUCGAAGCGAAUCAUCUCAUGUGAUUUCAACAUCAAAUACUACAUUAGAAUCUGCCAUUGUUGAUGGUAAGUCAACUACUUCAAUACCAAUUAUGGUAACAGCAACAACAACAACAACAACAGCGAAUUCAAAUCUUAAUCAACAACAGUUGACUUCUAUGUCAAAUGAUCAACAAACAUCGUCCGUAGUCAGUGACUCAUCUUCAACAGUCGCAACAUCAACAGUUCAAUCGCCUCUUAUCCUAGGCCAGAACAACAGCAAUAAUAAUAACAACAAAGAAUCAUCACCAUCCUUCUCUACAACAUCAACAACAGCAACAACAACAACCACAUCAAACGAUAGUCAAUUUUCUAACAUCAACCAUCAUUAUUGUAUUACACAUUUAAAUAUAUUCAUAACAACUUGUUCAAUCUGUUCAAAAUGUAAACAUUAUGUGUAUGAUGAAGAAAUAAUGGCUGGUUGGUCUACCGAUGAAAAUGAUCAUAGAACAAUAUGUCCAUUUUGUAAAACUUAUUUUAUACCACAAUUAUCUAUACGUAUAUUUGGUGAUACAAGUGGCGGUGGAGGAGGAGGAGGAGUAGCUAGUCAUGGUUACAAUCAGUCAGUGAAAUUAUCGCAGAACCAAUCAACUAUGAAACAUUUUCAUACACCAUCAAUUUCGCAAUCUUUGAAUAAUUUGUCCAAUGUUCAAUGUGAUCGAAAUGAUUCGACUGAAUCAAUUCCAGUUAAAUCAUACAAUUCUGGAUCACCAGGACAAAGUACUUCUGUGGGUUUAAUGGAAAUGACAUUCUCAUAUUUAAGUCCAUUUGUUAUAAGAAAAACAUUGGAAACAAUCAUACAAAAUGAAGGUGAUGAAUGUUUACGUUGUCGAUCUAUUCCACAUUCUUUAUUAAAUCGUUCUGGUCAAUUAACAUGGAAUUUAGUAUGGUUAAUGCAUCGAUUAGGUUUACCUACACAUCUAUUAGAUUCAUUGCCAUUAUGGAUGAUUAAUUAUCAAGCGGAACAACGUAGAAAAGUGAAAUUUGAUCAGGCUAACAGCACUACAACAUCACAUACUCAUCAUCGACAUCAUCAUCAUCAUUUCGGUUCACCACAUGGACAAAAUAAUAAUAAUAUUCAUAUUAAUAAUAAUAAUAAUCAUAGUAAUAAUAAUAAUAAUUCAACCAUUUUCACUGAUGCACUCUAUCAAGUACGUUUAUCUCCCAAUUUACCUGUGUAUAUAUCAUUACGUUGGAAUGCAACACAUCCAGUACGAAGUGUUAUGAGAAAUUCAUUGUACAAGUAUUGUUUCAAUUCGAAAUAUUCAGAUCAUAAUACACCUUGGUCAUUAGUAAACUUGGCCAAUGCUCAAGAUACUUUUGGUCAACAAUUCAUCAGUAACCCUGCCCACAAUAAUAAUAAUCUGCAUUUAUUAAAUAAACAAACACCAGUCAAUGCAUUGAUUCAUUGUUGUCCAAUUCAUGCGAUUAUUGAUUAUUUAAUUAUUGCUAUUAAAAAAGAUGAUAUGCGAUGGGCUGUUGAUUUUCUCAUACAAAUACGUGGACAUUUACAAUUGAAUUCAUCAUUACCAUUAAUUAUUAAACAAUUGUGUACAACUUUUUCAUCUGCAACACCAACCUCCUCUUCACCUACAUCCUCGUCACCAUCGUUAAACACGACCUCCAUCACAUCGUCAACAACAGCAACAGUACCGCCUACAUCAACUACACAAUCUACAUUUGAGAUGAAAAAUGGUAAAUUAAUACGACGGAAUAGAAAUCAACAACCUCAAUGCGCUAGUCUACAAUGUUAUGCAGCAUGUUCCGAGAAUUCAUUAUAUCGUGAAUUACUAUUUCUAAUUGUACAUGCAUUGUCUAGGACAUCAUUAGAUUUAAUGUCAUUCGAUGAACAGUAUAAAUUAGUGUAUCAAUCAUUCAGAAAUUCUGGUUGUACAUUACUCACUGAUUUCGAUCAACCACCAACUCUUAUGGCUUCAAUUUGUCGCCAGAUGCUACGCCCAUUAACAUUGAGACCAUGAGAUUAUGAUUAUCAGUAGUGUUUUUUUGGGGAAGGCUUACUUCCCUCUCUCUCCUUCGUCUGUCGACGAAUCCACCGGAGGAUCCACAAUAAUAUGCUGAAACAAUUCUAUCAUUAACCACAAGGAUUUGUAUGUUUUUACUACACUUAUUAUUUAUCUGAUACAUAAAUAUCUAUAUACCUAUUGUUGUUUAUCAACCAAUCAAUCAUUAAGUGUGCUUGAGUGCAUGCAUGCGUGAGUGCGUUUGGUUAUAUCCAUACACCUUGUUUUAUUGGCUGUGAAAAUAAGUAAACAAACAAACAAAUUUUUUUUGGAGAAGACAAUCAUCCAUCUCCUGUGUCAAUUUAAAUGCGAAGCCUAUAUUACACUUCUUGUUUGUUGUCUCUUUUUCUGAUUUAUUGAUUUAUCGAAUUAUUGAUUUCUUUGUUCCUUCUUAUUUUUCAUAAAUUGUUCAUUGUCUUGUUUAAUUUCAUGGUGGUAUAUAUAUAUAUAUAUAUAUAUAUAUAUAUAUAUAUAUAUUGGCCACCUAGUACUACUACUACUACUACUAGCACUUAAUCUUGUGUGUUUGUUUUCAUUGUCGUCGAUCAUAUUCAGCUAGCUAGUUAGCGAGCGAGUCAACCAGCCAGCCAGAGCUAAUUGUGUGCAAUACUACUAAUAGUCAUAAUGACAAUAUUUUGUAAACACACACCGUUUUUGACCCCUCUUCUCUCUGUUUAUCGUUACCAUAUUCAUUUAUUCAUUCAUUGGCCCGUUCAUUCGCCCAUUCAUUGAUCCAAUGAUCUUAUUCAAUUCAAUACCAGUCAUAAAUAUUAUUGCUAUUUAUAAUGAUGGUUGAUGAUUGAUUGAUCGAUUGACUGCCAUCGACUUUUGGUUCAUCUAUCGAGUUCAUAAAGGCACACACAUACAUAUACACUAUGCACAACAUUACUACCAACUUGUUACAUAAACUCUAUAAUGUUGUGUACUGGGGAUAAAUAAUGAUCACAGAUUGUUUGUUGUUGAUUGUCAUGCGCUUCCUAUGUAUGUGUUUAUUGACGUGUUGACAGUGAGAUAAGUAAGUAAAUUAAAUACACGGAAGUCUCUAUCUUAUAUCACAUGAAUAAAGGGCAGUGUUCUCUUCACCCAUCAUCAUCAUCAUCAUCAUCAUCAUCUUCUGUCUUUCUAUUCUCAAUAGUCUCCUUAGUUUGUUUGUGUUGAGUUUUCUGGGUGUGGUGUACUUACACGAAAUGAUAUUGUUUCCAUUCUUUCUCUUCAAUAAUAAUAAUAAUAAUAAUAA